AACCGAUUCAUUGGCGAGAGGAUAAUAUACUGGAGCGCGUGCGAGUCGAACUGGGGAAACGAUACCUAGUGGAAAUUAGCAAAACUUCAGGAUGUGUGAUGUGGACUUGGUGAAGAAGAUGUUGCGUGCCGUGCUGCAGAGCAGUAAGAGCGGCGUGGCGCUGUCGCGGCUGCAGGCGGAUUACCGCGCCCUGACUGGAGACUUCAUCCCACACAUGCAGCUCGGCUACAGGAACCUGGAGAACUUCCUCAGGAGUGUUCCCGACGUGGUGCAGCUCCGAAAUGCCCACACCGGAGAGGUGAUGUGCUUUGCGGCUUUGUGUAAGGAAACGGCCCACAUCGCUCAGCUGGUCGCCCGGCAGAAGAACUCGAAGAAGAACUCGGGUUGCUCUCAGCUACUGAACUGUCACAUGAGAACGAAGUCUUCCUCACUGUUUACACACAGCGUGAAUCCUCGCGCGUCCCUGAGGCAGCCUGGUCACAUGACUAAGGACGGCAGCCGUGAGAGGUCUUCAUUCUCACGCGUCAGCUCUCAAGGUGACCAGCGACAGGUGUAUAGCACCAACUCAGGCUCCACCCACCAGGGCAAGAAGCCCACAGGGCCAGGAAUCCAACAGGUUGUGACGACUCGUCCAUCCAGCAAGAACCAAAACGCAGAGGGCGAUGUGGAGCUGUUUCAGAGCCGUGUCAAGCAGCUCCUGCAGAAGUACAGCAGCGGUGUGUGGCUCUCCAAACUGCCUCAGCUCUACAGUCACAUGUUCAGACAAGAACUUCCAUCAUACACACACACACUGCUGGAGAGCUGGACACACAUCUGCACUGUAGAGAAGCCGAGUGGUGGUAAUGUAGCAGGGCGUCUGAUUUACCCCGCUAAAGACCCGUCUCCAAAACCCCACACCCCUCCACCUGCCACGCAGAAAUCUGCCCAAAUCCCCAGCACCCUCUCACGAUCCCCAACAUCUCCGACUCCGAAGCCCCCGCGGCCGCUCACCCCAGAUUCCAUGACCCGCUCCCUGCCCACCCCUCCAGCCACGCCCCCUUUCCCACUGCCACAGGAUGUGAAAGAUAAAGUGCGGGAGCUGCUGAAUAAAUACAGCCAUGGCCUGUGGGCUCACGCUUUGCCCCGCCUCUUUCAGGAGGUCUUCAGGUGUGAUUUCCCGCAGUCGCUGCUGGACGAUCUCUCUCCUCUGGCCGACACGUGCAUGAUCGAAUAUCCGAUCGCACGAAACCGUAACAGAGCCAUUUUAUACACCCUGCCCACCAUGAGAGUUUCCUCAAAGCCUUGCCCACAGCCAAGAUCGCGCAUCAUUGCCCACUACGGCAACCCGGAGGUGCCUCAGCUGCCCCUGCCCAAGGAGGAGUUCCCGUCCGUGCUGGUGAUGGAGGCCAACAGCACCGACAACCUCAUCCUCAGGUAUGUGGGUGAGGAAUACUCUCAGGCUCUGGAGAAGAUGGAGCAGGACAUGUUGGAGUUUUACCACAGCACUGGGGCGGGGCUUGGCCUUGCCUGUCCUACAGUUGGUCAGCUGGUGGCAUUUGCCGUGGACGACGAGACAGUGCUCCGAGCUCAGGUGCACCAGGUCACAGAGAAUGAUGUGAAGGUAUACUGCGUGGAUCAUGGUUUCUCUGAGGUGGUGAACAGCAAGAAGUUGCUGCAGCUCCUCGAUUGGUCCCUCACACUGCCGUUCCAGGCCACCAGCUGCCAGCUCGCAGGUCUGGAGCUUUUCAGUGAGGACGUUGUGGUACUGAAGACUCUGGAGAUGUUAGCACGUGGCAGAACGCUAUUGGCCGAGCUGGUGGAGCGAGAGACUCCACCCCUCGUGGUGUUGUACGACACGUCAGGAGAGACCGACAUUAACGUGAACUCCGCGUGUCUCGGCGCGCUGCAGGACAAAACCAUGCAGAAUCCGCUGCAGGUCAACAGCUUGUACUCAAACGUGUGCGUGACGAACGUGGGGUCUGACGGCAGCGUGUUCUGCCAGCUUCCAUCCCGAGGCCUCUCCAAGCUCCAAGGCAUCAUGGACAAGAUCGAAUCGUACUUCCUGUCUCAGGUUUCGUGGGAACUGUUGGUGUCCAAGGCGUUUUGUGGAAAAGUGUGUUUGGCACGACACAAAGGGAAAUGGGCCCGAGUGGAGAUCACUAACCUGCAUGGCAGCCGUGUUGUGGAUGUAGAGUUUGUGGAUUUGGGAUUUCCUGCUUCUCUGGAGCUCAGUGAGCUGAGGGAGAUUCCAGGAUUGUUCAUCAGAGAACUCCUCACCAUACCGACACAGGCUGUUAAGUGUCGUUUAGCCAAAGUGGAAGGAAAUGAAGAUGUUUGGCCUCCUGAUGUUGUUCUGUGGCUCAGAGAGACGCUGAUCAACGCUGCCGAGUGCACAAUGAAGAUAUCCUGUCUGGACUCAGCAGGUCAUGUCCAAGUUUACCUGUUCCUCGACUCCGAAGCUCUCGAUCUCACCUCCAGCAUUAACCAGCAGCUCCCGUUAACCUCAGCCUCGGUUUGCCACCCCGUCGCCACCUUUAUGGUCCCAGGCCUGCCCCAGUCUGUAGACUCCUCCCCGAGUUCCGACCCCCCCGUCAUGCCCCCAGCGCUGGAGCUGCCUGAGGAAGGGCAGACCCUGGACGUGUUCGUGUCAGUGGCGUGUCACCCGGGUCACUUCGUGCUGCAGCCGUGGCAGGAGCUGUACAAGCUGGUGGUGCUGAUGGGGGAGAUGAUCCUUUACUACAACCGACAGGAGGCCACUCCCAUCAACGCCGAGAAGAACAACAUCUGCGCUGCCAAGAUCGACAGCAAUUGGCACCGAGUCUUGGUGAAGGGCAUUCUGUUGAAUUCUCUGGUCUCUGUGUAUGAGCUCGAUUACGGGAGGCACGAGCUGGUGCACGCCUCUCAGCUCCGCCCCCUCAUUAAUGAAUUCAGGCAGUUGCCCUUCCAGGGAAUCCCCGCCCAGCUCGCAGGAGUCCAGCACGGCGGUUGGAGCGAGGAAGCCGCUAUCGUGUUCCGCAACCAUGUGGAGCGACGGCCUCUGGUGGCGCUGAUCCACUCCGUCCAGCAGGGGGUGCAGCCAUGGGAGAGGAAACUGCUCGUCUACCUGGUGGACACGUCACAGGACCACAGCGACGUCUGGAUCCAUGACCUCAUGGCUGAGUUCACUGAGAAAACCAACAGCGAGGUGUAACACUCUAUAAGGUUUGGGACAUAGCCCAGAUAGUCACAUGGUCCAAAAGUAUAGAUCUAUAACAAACUGGUCAAACCAGCUGUGUGUCAAAGGACAUUCUAAUGCACUAAAUAUGUGUAAGUGGAGGAAAAACAAAUAAAUACAGUCUGCCCUUAAAUGCUACGUGUGUGCCAUUUGAGACGCAGCCCCUGAAAGACCUGGGUCUUUUACAUUUGCUAUUCAUCUGGAUUGGGAUUAGACCUCAAGACCUUUUAAAUUAUUCUAUGGCUGCAUCCCAAACUGCACACUUCCAUAUUACAUAGCAUCGAAAGAAUUAGUGUGUCACCAGAACCACGCCCGAAUGCGCAUGUUCGGAACGGUAAGCUCCACGUGCUAUAAGUGGCCUUACUGUUCAGUGUAGAACGUGGUUCUCCUGAUUCGAACUGAUCUACGGCUGCGUCCCAAACCACACGCUACUGUAUCAACUAGCAAAAUACCAGAUACCAAGCAGGAAGAAGAAUGGCUGAAUUGUAAAAGAAUGUGUUCAGUUCGUCAAGAUUUGUUCAUAUGUUUUAUUAAAUACAAAAUAGUAAUGA